UAUUUUUACUCUUUUACUUUCCUUUAAAAAAUUAUCAUUGGUUUUACUUUUAGGUUUGCAGCAUUAUGAUGGAAAAUUUCAAUCUUUAUUUUUUCACUUUUCUCUCUGUUUCCGUGACAUUAGCUUCUUGCUAAAACAUUGAAGAGUAGAACUUGAUGGUUAUUAAGCUUGAUAUGUUUUUUCUUUCUGGUAAAUAUUCACCUAAUCCCAGUGAAGGCCUAUUGUCAUAAGGCUGUUAUGAUUAGCUUUGCGGAGCCUUAUAUUUUAUAGUUGUUGAAUACACUACUGACAAUUUGUAAGAGAUGUCUUCCAUACCGAAGUGUCUAUUAAUGUGUGCGCUCUCCUAUUGGCCACAUGCUGAAAUCUUAGUCCCUCAGACAACCUUAGCUCUUGUUUUGAAGGCAGGUCUGGUAGGAAUAGGUAAAUGUCAGAAACAAAUGAAUUAGCCUCACUGAAAACACAACCCAAACACAAAGCCAGUGUUCAGUGUUGUUCUUCCCAAGGAGAAGGACAGUACGCCCUGUGGUUAUAUUUUUCAAACUAGACCUUGGAGUGACAGUUGCAGUUGAAUAUACUUCCUAGAGAAAUUUAAAUUUUCUGUUAAUAUUCUAUUAAUAAUUCAAAACAGUGUGUGCUUAGUUUUUCCAAGGGCAAUCAGGCCUGGUAACACUGUAGCAUUCUUUCUGCCAGUGAUUCUAAUCUCAUACUGUUAUGUGGAAGACAUAGCAUUUUAAUUUUACUUUCCUUGCUCAGUAGGGAUCUACAGAGCCUAUAGAAGGUUAAAUUAAGCAAAUUUUGGGUUCUGCUCUCUCUGUAUUUUUUGUUAAAUUCUCCAAUCUUUAAGGCUGAAAAAAAUAUAGACUGUGGAGACAGAUAGAUUUGAACAUGUUCCCAAGAACAGGAGCAAGGGUUGUGGCCAAGGGUAUUUUCAGUGCCUGCUUAAUGUAGAGGAAGGAAGACCCACCUGAAACUCUGAAAACUCUGAAAUUGAGUCAAAAUAAACUUAAAGUCAAGAAAGAAAUGUCAUUUCUGCAGGAGAUCUGAAGGUAAGAAGAGAAGUACACGAAAUUAUUCUAAACAAUGAUCAGUGGAGUUACUGAUGAGCCCAUUUAGUUUAGUGAAGAUAGCGAUGUAUUUGAUUUGAUCUUUUAAUUUAUUACUACUGUUCUUCUAAACUAAUAUGGUAGCAUAAAGUCAAAGAGUGAGGGCCGGCCCCGUGGCUUAGCAGUUAAGUGCACGCGCUCUGCUGCUGGCAGCCCGGGUUCAGAUCCCGGGUGCGCACCAACGCACCGCUUCUCCGGCCGUGCUGAGGCCGCGUCCCACAUACAGCAACUAGAAGGAUGUGCAUCUAUGACAUACAACUAUCUACUGGGGCUUUGGGGAAAAAAAUAAAAUUAAAUUUUAAAAAAAUAAAUAAAAAUAAAGUCAAAGAGUGUCCUAAUGUGUCUCAAAAAUACUUAUGAGACCAUGCCUAUGUUCAUGUCAUUCAACAUUUGUUCAAUGAUAGGUCUGUGGAAGGAGUGCACACCCUUUAGGGUGAUAGUUAUUAACUUUUAAAUCAUUGAAACUGUCAUUUUAAAUUCCUGUGCAUGAGAGUCAAAAUUAUUAUGCAUCCAUCUUAAUUAUGUCCAUUAUUUUGAAAAAUACAGGUUUUAAAAAACUACUCUUUUGACAUGGUAGCUAUUGUAAGCAAAUGUUUUUAAAUAUAAUUGUUUGAAAGCGGUACAGGAUGCCCUGGAUGAUUGUAAUGAACAUGGCAAUGGUUGCAUUCUAGUUCCUAAAUAUGGGGGGAUGAAUCCAUCUAGCCAAAUAUAAGCUAGGAUUGAAGACAAAAAAGUUUUUUGCUUAUCUUCAGUACUUCCCUUUGUGGAUAACUACUCUUAAAAGGAACAACAGUGAUUGCCUCUGGAUGGAAGAAGUGGAUAGCAGUGGGCCAUGGGAUAGCCCACCUACUUUUCACUCUAUAUUCUUGUGUGUCUUUUUGAAUUUAAAGAAGUACUUUUACCUAUUCAAAAUAUAUAUAAACGUUUAACAUAUAAAAACAUAUGAUAGUUUUCACCAUUUGAAAACUAUGUUUCAUGAUGAAAACGAAAUCACUGAGGAAUGAGAUUCAAAUAUUUUAGCUAUCUUCCAUUUAAAGAAAAAGAUGUCCUGCAAUAGAAAAACCAGGUUGCGGUUCCACAAGAGGCCUCUGGGCGCCGCUGUCGGCCAGUGCAGGGCAGGCGCUGACGCCCGGGCUUCCUCAGCCUCCAGCCUGAGAUUUCUUGCGCAGCCACGAACAUAGGGAACGAAACCCGCUUACAAAGUGCAGCUCCUCGCCGCCCAGACUCUCCCCAGCACACACGGAUUCCCAGCCCCAAGACUGGGGCUCUGCCUCUCCUGGGCCGAAUGCUUCCAGUGCAAUAGUUUGCACUUUCUCCAACUGGAAAGACUGGGACCCAGCGAGAACUAGAGCGCGCAAUGGGAGGGAGCUGCGCGCGGAGGCGCCCGGCCGGCCGGCAGCAGGUACUGUUUCCCUUCCUGCUGCCUUUGUUCUACCCCGCGCUUUGCGAACCGAUCCGCUACUCGAUUCCCGAGGAGCUGGCCAAGGGCUCGGUGGUGGGGAACCUCGCCAAGGAUCUAGGGCUCAGUGUCCUGGAUGUGUCGGCUCGGAAGCUGCGAGUUAGCGCAGAGAAGCUGCUUUUCAACGUAGACGCGGAGAGCGGGGACUUAUUUGUGAAGGACCGAAUAGACCGUGAGCAGAUAUGCAAAGAGAGAAGAAUAUGUGAGCUGAAGUUGGAAGCCGUGGUGGAAAAUCCUUUAAAUAUUUUUCAUAUCAUUGUGGUUGUUGAGGAUAUUAAUGACCACGCCCCUCAAUUCCAUAAAGAUGAAAUAAACUUAGAAAUCAGUGAAUCUGUCAGCCCAGGGAUGGGAACAAUUCUUGAAUCGGCAAAAGAUCCCGAUAUUAGUAUGAAUUCACUGAGCAAAUACCAACUAAGUCCUAACGAGUAUUUCUCGUUGGUGGUGAAAGACAAUCCCGAUGGUGGCAAAUAUCCAGAAUUAGUAUUGAAGAAGACCCUGGAUCGAGAAACGCAGAGCGCUCAUCACUUGGUGCUGACAGCCUUAGACAACGGGGACCCGCCGCGAAGCGGCACCGCUCAAAUUCGUAUCCUGGUGGUGGAUGCCAACGAUAACCCCCCGGUGUUCGCCCAAGACGUGUACAGGGUCAGCCUUCCGGAAGACGUGCCCCCAGGCACCUCCGUGCUGAAGGUGAGCGCCACUGACCAAGAUGAAGGCUUCAACGCGGAGAUCAUCUACUCAUUCCUUGGUGUGAAUGAUAAAGCCCAGCACGUGUUCUCUCUGGAUUCCGCUACAGGAAAUAUUAUAACUCAUCAACCCUUGGAUUUUGAAGAAGUAGAAAGAUAUACUAUGGAUGUAGAAGCAAAGGACCGAGGAUCCCUCUCUACACAGUGUAAAGUAAUUAUAGAAGUGCUAGACGAAAACGACAACAGCCCAGAAAUAAUCAUCACUUCUCUCUCUGAUAAGAUUUUGGAGGAUUCUGGUCCCGGAAUGGUUGUGGCUCUCUUCAAAACACGGGACCAGGAUUCCAGGGAAAAUGGAGAAGUCACAUGUAAUUUAAGUAGAGACGUUCCAUUUAAGAUUCAUUCUUCUAAUAAUAAUUACUACAAGUUAGUAACAGAUGGGGCCUUGGACCGGGAACAGACGCCGGAAUACAACGUUACAAUCACAGCCACCGACAGGGGCAAGCCGCCCCUCUCCUCCAGCACUACCAUCACCCUGCACAUCACCGACGUCAAUGACAACGCGCCGGUUUUCCGACAGUCAGCCUACUUGGUCCAUGUGCCAGAAAACAACCCUCCUGGCGCCUCCAUAGCGCAGGUCGGCGCCUCCGACCCCGACCUGGGACCCAACGGCCGCGUCUCCUACUCCAUCGUGGCCAGCGACCUGGAGCCGAGGGCGCUGUCGUCCUACGUGUCGGUGAGCGCGCAGAGCGGAGUGGUGUUCGCGCAGCGCGCUUUCGACCACGAGCAGCUGCGCGCCUUCGAGCUGACGCUGCAGGCCCGCGACCAGGGCUCGCCCGCGCUCAGCGCCAACGUGAGCCUGCGCGUGUUGGUGGGCGACCGCAACGACAACGCUCCCAGGGUGCUGUACCCGGCGCUGGGGCCCGACGGCUCGGCGCUCUUCGACACGGUGCCGCGCGCCGCGCAGCCUGGCUACCUGGUCACCAAGGUGGUGGCGGUGGACGCCGAUUCGGGACACAACGCCUGGCUGUCCUACCACGUGCUGCAGGCCAGCGAGCCAGGACUCUUCAGCCUGGGGCUGCGCACGGGCGAGGUGCGCACGGCGCGUGCUUUGGGCGACAGGGACUCGGCCCGUCAGCGCCUGCUGGUCGCUGUGCGGGAUGGGGGACAGCCACCCCUCUCGGCCACCGCCACGCUGCUCCUGGUUUUCGCAGACAACCUACAAGAGGCGCUGCCAGAUCUCAGCGACCACUCUACACCCUCUGACCCCCAGGCUGAGCUGCAGUUUUAUCUGGUGGUGGCCCUGGCCUUGAUCUCUGUGCUCUUCCUCCUUGUGGUGAUUUUGGCCAUCGCCCUGCGCCUGCGACACUCCUCCAGCCCCGCCACUGGGGGCUGCUUUGGGUCUGUUCUCUGCUCCAAGUCUGGACCAGAGAUUCCCCCCAACUACAGUGAGGGAACGUUACCCUAUGCCUAUAAUUUGUGUAUGCCUGGGGAUCAAACUAAUCUGGAAUUUAAUUUUCUCACAUCUGUUGAUCAUUGUCCAGCCACACAAGAUAUUCUCAACAAAGAUAGCUCUUCAGUGCUAUUGGCUAGCAUUUUAACUCCUAGUGUUGAAGCAGAUGAGAAGACUUUUAAACAGCAAGCCCCGCCCAACACGGACUGGCGUUUCUCUCAGGCCCAGAGACCCGGCACCAGCGGCUCCCAAAAUGGUGAUGAAACCGGUACCUGGCCCAACAACCAGUUUGACACAGAGAUGCUGCAAGCCAUGAUCUUGGCCUCUGCCAGCGAAGCCGCUGAUGGGAGCUCCACCCUGGGAGGGGGCGCCGGCACCAUGGGCUUGAGUGCCCGCUACGGGCCGCAGUUCACCCUGCAGCACGUACCUGACUACCGCCAGAACGUCUACAUCCCCGGCAGCAACGCCACACUGACCAACGCAGCUGGCAAGCGGGAUGGCAAGGCCCCGGCAGGUGGCAAUGGCAACAAGAAGAAAUCGGGCAAGAAGGAGAAGAAAUAACGUGGAGGCCAGGCCCGGAGCCACAGGGCAGCCUCCCUCCCCAACCAGCCCAGCCUCUCCCUACCUGUACCCAGGCCUCGGAUUUUCAGGGCUCACCCCCAGGAUACUGGUAGGGGCCCAGGCCAUGCUCCCCUUGGGAAACAGAAACAAGUGCCCAGUCAACACCCCCCUCUCUGCCCCCAGGGGAUUGAAUAUGCAAAGGGAGUUCUGCUGGGAACCCCCAUCCAAUCAAUUGCUGUGCCCAUAGGGGUAGCAGGGUUAGUGUAGACACCAUUUAUCACAUCCCCUUCAGUUACAGCUGAACUCCUCCAUCUUCCAAAUUCAAUCAGGCCCAUCCAUCCCCUGCCUCACUCCUACCCAUCCCCACCCACCUCACUCCUUCAACAGCUCUUCUUUCUUGAGUAAGGUGGUUGGGGUGUUGAGGUACCAGGUGACCUAAAAAGGCCCAUAGUUCUGAAGAGUUGGAAGGGUAUCAUGACCUCCUGGCCUCUCCUUCAAUUCUUAAAUCCCCCCAAAGCAUGAUUGGGUGCCAGUCCCUUCACCUCCUUCCAGAGCCUGAGACUAAGCUCAAGUUUUGGGAGACACGGUCACCAUUCCCAUGGUACUGAUGCUUGCUGGAUUUAGGGAGGGCAUUUUGCUACCAUGCCUCUUCCCAAUGCCCUGGGAACCAGUCUUUUGUUUUGUUUUGUUUUUCAUUGAUGUUCCCACUGCAUGCUGUGACUUCCCUCUCCCCAAACAAGAGACUCCAUUGCAUGUUCCAAGACAGUAUGAGGUGGUAAGAUAAAGAAGGGAAGGGUGUGUAUGUGGAUGGGGGGGAUGGAUGAAGCUUGACCCAUCAGUUACUGGGUCUUGCAGGAGGCUCUGUACGCCCCCGGGGUACUGACCAGAUCCCCAAAUUCCAGCCAUAAACCAAGCACCAGGCUGGACCCUUGUCUACCACAUACAGGGCUCAGCCCAGGCAGCCAGCUUUGGGCUGAGCUACCAGGACCAAUGGAUUUAAACUGGCAUUACAGUCCAAGGAAGCUCUGAGCAGGUUUGGGACCAGGUCCCCUGGAGAGGUCAGAGGGGCCUCUGUGGGUGCUGGGUACUCCAGAGGUGCCGCUGGUGGAAGGAUCAGUGUGGCCCCAGCAGGAAGAGAGGGCCUACUACGCCAUUCUUGGUCCCUGGGUUGGGGAGGCAAGGAGCUAGAGCAGGGACCAAGUGGACAGAAAGUCUCAGCCCAGGAUCAAGGCUUCUCCACAGGGCCCCUGCACUCCCCAAGCCUCCCUCCUUACCUUGCCAGGUGCCAUUUCUUCUCUGUGAAGGCCACUGCCCAGGCCUCCAGUUCACCCCCUAGUGGCCAGAGCCUGGUUAAAGUCCCCCAGUGCCUCCUUGUGCAUAGACCUUCCUCUACCCACCCUCUUCUGCCCCGGAGUCGCGCUGAUCUUGCGGGGCUGCGCGAGAACCCCACCCCAGCCCUUACAGUAGUGUAGAGCCCCUUCCCUCUUUCGGCUGGUGUAGAAUAGCCAAUUGUGUAGUGCGGUGUGCUUUUCCGUGAUGGCGAGUGGGCAGCGGCCGGCGUCCGCGCAGCCGUCUGUCCUUCAACCUGCCUGCGGCGGCCUGUGCUGUGUUUUGUGCUGUGUCCACGCGCCGCGGUGGCCCCCUCCCGUGUACUGACUCCUGUAAGCGCUUUUCUUCGCAUAGCCACGUAGCUUCCCACCCCACUCCUUUCCUGUGUCUCACGCAAGUUUUAUACUCUAAUAUUUAUAUGGCUUUUUUUCUUUGAAAAAAAAUAAUAAAAAGUUUCUUCUGAAAGGUU